AUGCCCGCAAUCAGGGUCAAGCAGCAACAACCGGAGACGUACGCCCUCACGGACAACAACCAAGCGUCCUCCUCCUACCAAUACUUUGGUCAACAUCAUCAUCAACAAGGAGGUUAUAACUCUCACGAACUUAUUACGAAGCAUAUCCUGCAAUCCCCAACCUUCAUUACGGAACUCUCACCGGGCGAAGGGCACGCCGAUAUGACCCUCACAAGCCCUGCUGGUGAAGAUAAACCAAAGCGGAAGAGGCAGUCCCAGGCUGCGAUGCAUGUCGAGAACGCAAGGUGCGGUGCGCAAGGGACGGGGCCGGUCCGGAAGACGGACCCGUUCCCAGCACCAAUAAUCAGAAUGGAAGCGUUGUUGCACUCACUCCCUGCAAGCAUUGCCUGGCCCUGAACAUACCAUGCACCUAUAACUACCAGCCGAAGAAGCGAGGGCCACCAAACUUGUAUCUUCGUCGUCUGCAAGAACAGCAUGCUCGGGAUCAAGGACAGGAGAAUGGAUCGACCGCUGCGCACUCAGCAGUCGUGUCCGGCAUCUCGCCUGGAAAGCAAACGAUUUCCUUAAGCAACAGUCAACAAUCCCAGCCGCCACAACCUCCUGUCUCUCUUCCAGCAUGGAAUCCAACACCAUCUCCCACAGCUGACAUGCCGUUGUCCCUCGACAUUCCUCCAUCUCGGUAUCCGAUCGCCGCGGACACCUACACACCAUCCACCUCCUACUUCGAAGCGCCCUCGUCUCCAACACCGAGCUACACAUCACAGGCCUCCGCGUCUGCACGGACCUCGCAGCCACCCCCUUCUGCCAGCUUCCCCCCUUUACCUAGUAUGCCGACCUAUCCACUCUACAAUCUUCCGAAGAACUCACCCGAAUCGCCUCUAGCGACUGUGGGACAGCCCUACAUGCCCCUAUAUCCAGCCCUCGAUUAUCACUUCAACCGCCAGCACAGGAUCGACGACAUUGCACCGAGGGCACAGAUCCUGCACAUCCUCAGCCUGUUCUUCGAAUAUGUUUAUCCACUCACCCCCUGCGUGCACAAACCAAGCUUCCUAGCAGACUUGGCGAGUAGAAGAGAAGAGAGGGACUCGCUGUUCUUCGCGUUGGUCAUGAGUACCGUAGCUUCAACUCUGGUUCAGGUUCCGCGAGCAUGCUUGCCCAUGAGCAGGCGCGAGGUACGAAGGCUGGCACAGUCGUGUCACGAGGCGAGCAGGCACGUCACUGUCGCAAAGUACGAUCCGCCCAUGAGCAUCAUGGUCGUUAUUCGCUACUUUGAUACAGUUUAUCACUUCUGCGAGGGUCAUGAUGCCACGUCGCACGCUUCUUUUGGGGAAGCUCAGCAUAUAGCUGUCACCUUGCAUAUGCAUGAGGAAAGCAGUUAUGCCGCCUGUGAUCCUAUAGAGACAGAGGUGCGGAGACGAGUCUUUUGGCUGCUCUUCGAUGCGGACAAAUCUAUGUCAGUACUGUUAGGCAGGCCAAUCUGCUUGCGAGAUGAGGACUGUACCUUGCACUUCCCCAAGGAGGUUGAUGAUGAGUACAUCACACUUUCUGGCGUUCAACCACAACCACCUGGAAAGACGGCCAUCAUCUCGGGCCUGAACUAUAUCUCCCGCAUCUUCGCCCUUCUCGGGGAAAUCCUGGUCCGGAUCCGCGUGGACAAGCGUUCACCUCCUAGUGGUCUAGCAGCCCAAGCGCGGCUCUCAGAAAUCGAGUCCCUCCACGCACGCAUCGUCUCUGCUCUUGCUCAUGCACCACCACCCCUACGUCUUGGACGGUCGAGCCUCGAUCAACACGCAUUUGUUGAUGGCUCUGAUAGUUAUCCGGAUGCUGCAUUCAGGAACGCGACCUAUACCGAGUUACGCGAAUACUUCGAUAAUCCCGCGGCCAGUCGCACAAAUGCUAGUGACCCCUUUCUUGUCAUGCAGGGAAAUCUCUAUGUCACUCAGCAACUUGUUCGCUUCGUGAUCGAACAGUAUCGGGACGAGCUGAUGAUGUCCAUGGCAACCGCUAUCGACGAUAUCAAUGCGAUAGAAGAGCUAAGCGGGAAGCAAGCGCAGGAUCAGGAGACCGUGGCGAGUGAUCUCCUUCAUGUCCUCCACAGUAUCCCGAUUCAAGCCAUCGCAACGAACGGGCCGUCGCUAGUGCACAAGGUCCGCUUCGUCGCUUCUACUCUGCUCGACACUGUUCGAAAGGUGGAAACCGACCGAGCGAGCGCAGCACGUGCCCACGCGUAUCUUUGGGACUUUUUGAGCAUUCUCAGUGAAAUUGAACGUAAUUAUUUACUUGAUGAUGACCGUGACACAGAUCCUGGUAGCGAACCCAUGGCGCCGUAGUAUGUUGUUCGAACAUCUUAUUCUUUAAUGUUUAAUCCGUUGCUAUUUAUCAGGUGAUUUCUUCCAUUUGGACUUCAAGUGUCGUUCUGUAGGAUUUGUACUCUGGCUAUCUACCUGUGGUUGAAUAAGAACACCCGUCCUCGAUUUGGCGUGAUCAAGGUUGAUGUAGUGCGUAGCCACAGGUAUACGCUAAGCAAUUAGCGUGCAAGUUAUUCCUUAUGGAGUAUUGGGAAUCCUUUCUCAACAUCGUUUGAUCGUAUUGCUGACGCAAUGAAGACGGCGAUAUCACCUAAACUGGAAGUACCUGUGCUUUGUUCAAAACUGGGUCGUUGAGACUCCGAUACAUCGUCACUGAGAAGCCAACAUGACAGACCGACUGUACCCUCCCUUGAUAUGCUAUCCCUGCACACCUUCGGCCGACGUUGAUUUAUUUCUAAUUCCGUGCAGCUCGGACGAAUAAGAAAGAC